AUGGCCAGGGACAUCUGUAAAGAAGUAAGAAUUGAAGCAUUCAACGCACUUUACAAAAUCCAGAGAGUAUCUGAAGGUGUUUUGCUUCAGUCGCUGUCUAAGAAGAUCAUAAAAACUGACACUGGGAGUGCCUCUAGCAUCAAAGGGAAAAAACUACAACCUAAAUUAUCAUUCCCUAGUGCUGCUUGCAUAUUUGCGCAUGGUGUUGAAGAUGAAUUCUAUCACGUCCGAACAGUUGCAUGUAAAACGUUGGGAGCUCUUGCAAAGCUUUCAAACCAAUAUGCACAGAAGGCCUUGGACUUGUUGAUGGACAUGAUGAAUGAUGAUACAGAAGCAGUUAGACUGCAAACUUUGCAGGCACUUUUUGAUAUGGUAACAUAUGGAUGUUUGAGCAUGCAGGAGAAGUACAUGCACAUGUUCCUUGGCAUAUUGAUGGAUGCCAAUGUUGUAGUUCGAAAUGCAGCACGCAAGAUCCUAGGGCCAGUGAAUCUGCCUAAACUUCAAAUGUUUAAAUCUGCACUUGAUGGUCUCAUUGCAGGUCCGAAGAAAAAUCCGGAGGAUCAAGAUAUAUAUGGCGUUCUGUUUUCCAUUGGCAAGAAUCAUGGGAGCUUUUCAGCCAAUAUAGCCAAACAUUUAGCCAAAGAGAUCAAUAUGGCAUCUGAUGGAGAGCUGAUCUUGGAUAAACCUAGAAUCAAAGCAUUGUUAAUGGUUUCUGUCUCGGCUGCUUAUGAUGAUAAAGACAAAAAACUGGAUAUACCCACAGUUAUAUUUUCACAUGCAAUUCCCCUAUUUGGGAUGAUCUCGUGUGCACUAACCGAAGAUGAACGAGAUUCACUCUUAUCCUAUUUGUAUCGUCAAGCUGGAAUGCAGUUUUGGGAAAAGAAGUUAGUGUCUGCAGAAGGUGGAGAUUAUGAAUGUUUCAGUGUUGAAACUGUGGGAGGAACUCAUGCACAGGUAGAAAUGACUGAAAAAACAACCAAGUACUUAGAUGAAGUCGUGAUAAAGCAAUCGACAAGGAUCAUAUUAGAAACAGUUAAAGGAGCCCGGGUUAUGAUAAAGCCGUGCAGUAUAGGAGAAGUUCAAAGUACUCUAAGGUAUGACUUACUAUAUUCCGUUCUUUCCCAUGCAACCAAUCUUUCAUAUAUAGAUAAGCAUGUAAAAAACGAAAAUUUGUAGUACACUUUGGAAGCUUCAUAUAUAGGAAGCAUGUAAAAAAACUAGUAAAAACGAUUAUUGUAGCAGGACAAUAUAAGCAAGAAUAAGCUGUAAGCACUUGUCUACUAAAAAUUGGAUAAGGAAUAAAAUAGAGAAUAGGAUGGAAAUAUUGAUGCAAGAUAACUUAAACUCAGAAACAUGUUGGGUACAAUAUCAGAGCCCAAGAUAGCAGACGUAGCUAUGUCAAAAUUUUGACAUAGUAUGAUAGUAGCGUACACGAUGAAAAUUACAAUAUUACUGCCAGAGCAUGAAGCAACAACCCAAGAAAGCAGAUGUAGCUAUGUCAUUUUUCUUAUAUUCGGAAAAACUGUACCUGGAAAUCUGUACUUGGGUUGGGGGACAUCAUUAAGGAUUGGUGAAUAAUAAAGCUAAACUGAUGAAGUUUUUGAAGGACAUGUCAUCAGAUAUUAUGCGUAGAAGAAGCAGCAUCGGGUUUUAUAUGUUAAUGAAGACUCAGAAUUGUCUGUUCUUUCCUACAAGUAACCCAUUUUCGAAAGCAACCAAAUGGAUCCAAUUAGGAUAACCAAUUCAUGGCAGUAAUCUAUUUUUUUUGGAUUGUUUAUUUUAGUAAUCUCAUGGACACAGGCAAAAGGUACAAACUAACCUCCCUACAGAAAACACGACAUAAGUUUUAGUAACCUCUGCCCAGUUUUCGUGCAUAGGAUGACUUCAUAUUACCACAGAAAUAUUAUCUUAGAAGCCAUGUUUCACAUAUUGUCACUGCUUAUUACCUGGAACAAAUUUCACCACUAUAUGAAUCUGAGAUGUAGGAACGUUGUUCAAUUUCUAGAAAAGAACAUACCACAUCGAAACUAUUUCCAGAUGUUCAUGCAGUAACCUUUAGUUACCUCAGUACAAAAUGCCUUCCAAUUGAUUAUAGGAUUGGGCACUUCAAAUGGGGGUGAGGAGGAUGUCGGAGGCUACUGCAGGUUCUCCGGCUGGCCCGUGCUACUCCGACAACUGAUUCAGCCGUAGGGUGACCUGGCGAAGCACCAACCAUAGAAGAGAGAUGGGGGGAUCGAGCCCCUAAUGGUGGGAUGGCGCACCUGCGUUGUCCCCCCGGGUAAGAUGGUGUGGGAGAACAAAGUAACGGAUCUGGACGAUGGGGUAGUUGUGGUCAUCGACGAGGAGGUGACGAUGUGCGGCGAGCUCGGGGGUGAUGCGCGGUCGAAUAUGGAGGGGCGAUGCGGUUGACGGUGAGCUGAGUGGCGUUGCGUGCCAGGUGAGACGUGAGAGAAGGGAUUCAGGCGAGAAAUUAGG